UUUGUUGUUUUGUGACAGUACAGUGCAAAGGCAUAAAUCACUAUAAACUACAAAAUAAACAGUGAAAGGUGAAAAUGAAUAGCGCGGUUGUGUUCAUGGACCGUUCGGGCCGAUGGCGGACGGCAAGAAUCUCUGACUGUCUAAACGAAGCUUCAUCACAGCUCGGGGAUAGGAUCACAAUAAAUGAUCAAUAAAGUAAACAACUUAUUUGUCAAAUACUCGAGCUGAUGAAAAUGUUUGUCUCUACAUACUCCGCGGUUUAAUUAACAAAUUUCCAUGAUUAAUGAGAAGGCUCGAGCUCUCACCUCUUUACAAGGUUAAUGACCCCAGGACGUCUCCGACGUUGUUACUGCAAGAAUCAACUUUUGCUGCACAAUCACUUGCGGUUUUCUCCAUACACACGGAGCACUAAAUUAGUUGUUCCAAACUCUCCUGUGCUGCACGAUCAGAGAAAAUACAUUUAUCAGACAAGAGUUUAUUAACCAGUACAUAGAUCAUUCACAUGACUCGCUUCUUGCUAAAUAUGGACAAGUUUUUAAAUCUUAUUGGUGUCGGAACAGACUUGAAAAUGAUAUGCCUUUUAUUUUCAAUGUCCUCCUCUAGUAUUCUGCCGGAAUAUUUGUCUCAAUUGUGCUAUUAUCCCUCCUUGUUUCUUUCGCUCGCGUUGCCCCCUGCCCGCAACGCCCGAUCCCGUGCAGGUCUCUUGCCGCUCGGUGGCUGAAAGUCGCUGCUUCCCCUUCCUACCUUCAGCUCUUGUAUGCGUCAACGUGACUGAAAGGCGCUGCCCCCCACCCCCCCACGUCUCCUCCUCAAACCCGGCUCUCCCGCUCCCUCUCUCACUGCGAAUGGGAGGCUCUUUCUGCAAGUCGGAGUUGGGCUUUCCCCCCGUCCAUCUCUGACUCGCUCCGGCCAUUCAAUACUGCCGCACAACUUUGAUGGGGAAUUUCACACAGCUUCGGGAAAAUGCCUGUUAUGAAAGGAUUAUUAGCGCCACAAAACACCUUCUUGGAUACCAUAGCAACACGGUUUGAUGGGACACAUAGUAAUUUUAUCCUCGCAAAUGCUCAAGUGGCAAAGGGGUUCCCUAUAGUUUACUGCUCAGAUGGCUUCUGUGAACUCACUGGAUUUGCCCGCACUGAAGUUAUGCAGAAAAGUUGCAGCUGCAAGUUUUUAUAUGGUGCUGAAACAAAUGAGCAGAUAAUUCUUCAGAUCGACAAAGGUUUGGAUGAAAAGACAGAAUUCAAGGGAGACAUCAUGUUUUACAAGAAAAAUGGGAAUUCAUUCUGGUGCCUACUUGACGUUGUACCAAUUAAAAAUGAGAAAGGAGAUGUAGUUCUUUUUUUGGCAUCCUUCAAAGACAUAACUGUUACCAAAGUGAAAAUUGCCCCGGAGGAUAAAAAGGAAGAAAAAUACAAGGGACGAGGGAAAGCAGGAACACACUUCAGUUCAGCUCGUAGGCGCAGCCGGGCAGUUCUUUAUCACAUCUCUGGCCAUCUACAAAAGCGAGAAAAGAACAAAUUGAAAAUUAAUAAUAAUGUGUUCAGAAACAAACCAGCUCUACCAGAAUACAAGGUUGCAGAUGCAAAAAAGUCAAAAUUCAUCCUUUUGCACUACAGCACUUCUAAAGCAUUGUGGGACUGGCUAAUAUUAUUAGCAACGUUUUAUGUUGCUGUGACUGUGCCGUAUAAUGUCUGUUUUAUUGGAAAUGAUGAGAACUUGCCUUCAGCAAGAAGCACAACAGUUAGUGACAUUGCAGUGGAAAUUCUGUUCAUCAUAGAUAUUGUUUUGAACUUUCGAACAACGUAUGUCAGCAAGUCUGGUCAAGUUAUAUUUGAAGCUCGAUGUAUUUGUAUUCAUUACGUAACAACAUGGUUUAUCAUCGAUUUAGUUGCUGCACUUCCUUUUGAUCUUCUCUAUGCUUUCAAUGUGAAUGUGGUUUCAAUUGUUCACCUUCUAAAAACUGUGCGCCUGUUACGUCUGUUAAGACUACUGCAGAAGUUGGACCGAUAUUCUCAGCACAGCACAAUUGUUCUGACUCUGCUUAUGUCCAUGUUUGCAUUGUUGGCUCACUGGAUGGCAUGCAUCUGGUAUGUUAUUGGCAAAAUUGAAAUUGAGGGCAACGACCCACAUACGUGGGACAUUGGUUGGCUGCAUGAACUGGGCAAACGUCUCGAAACUCCAUACUAUGACAAUAAUACAAUGGGAGGACCUGGAAUCAGAAGUGCCUAUAUUGCUGCCCUUUACUUCACCCUCAGCAGCUUGACCAGUGUGGGAUUUGGAAAUGUUUCUGCCAACACUGAAGCAGAGAAGAUCUUUUCCAUCUGCACAAUGCUGAUAGGAGCAUUGAUGCAUGCAUUAGUCUUUGGAAAUGUAACUGCUAUCAUUCAGCGCAUGUACUCUAGGUGGUCUCUGUAUCACCACAGAAUUAAAGACUUAAAGGACUUCAUCCGGGUUCACCACCUACCGAAGCAACUGAAACAACGAAUGCUGGAAUAUUUCCAGACAACAUGGUCUGUCAAUAAUGGAAUUGAUGCUAAUGAGCUUUUGAAGGACUUUCCAGAUGAGCUGAGGUCAGACAUCACUAUGCAUUUGAACAAGGAAAUUCUGCAGCUAUCUCUGUUUGCCUCCGCCAGCCGUGGCUGUCUCAGGUCUCUCUCCCUGCAUAUCAAAACCUCUUUCUGUGCUCCAGGCGAGUAUCUCCUUCGGCAGGGAGAUGCACUGCAGGCAAUCUAUUUCGUCUGCUCAGGCUCCAUGGAAGUGCUUAAAGGUGCCAUGGUGCUGGCAAUACUGGGUAAAGGCGAUCUGAUUGGUGCAAAUCUUGCAGACAAAGAUCAGGUUAUUAAAACCAGUGCAGAUGUGAAAGCUCUAACCUACUGUGACCUGCAAUGUAUUAACCUGAAAGGCCUCUAUGAGGUGCUGGAGCUGUAUCCAGAAUAUUCCCAAAAAUUCAAAGAAGACAUUUAUAACAAUCUCACUUAUAACCUCAGAGAGGGUCAUGAAGGUGAUGGGGUUUCAAGGUUGUCCCACAAACCCUGCAUUAUGUCCCAGUCAGAGUCCAAUGGAAAUGGCGGUCUAAAACAGAAACUUGCUUCCAUUGUUGAAGAUGAAGAAGCGGUUGAAGAAGUUGAUGAGACUACCCCAUUAUCACACGUGUCUGCCAACUUUACAUCCCAUAAUCGAUCAUUAAAUUAUAACAAGACUAUGAAUGCAAGCAGGUCUCUUGGAGUUAAUCAGCCACUUAUCUCAGGCCCAAUACACUUCCGAUCUCCCAUCAGGGGCUGCAAUGUUAUGAUCAGAAGCAGGCAUGAUAAUGAGUUAAUUAAUGCCAAGAAUGGAAAAGAUAGAAGUCUGAAGCUGCAUCUCUCAACACUGAAUGCAUCUGCUUCUCCUGAUCUCAGUCCAAGAAUUGUUGAUGGCAUUGAAGAUGAGAAAAGCUCAAAAAUGAGCCAAAGGUUUGAAUUCUGCACUGAAAAUAUGGGACAAGAAUCGUUCAGACCUCCAACAGCAAGAGAUUUUGAUGAAGUUACUCCUGCAAUGCUGGUGGCCAAAGCUGAAGAGACAAAACAGCAGAUCAAUAGACUAAAUGAUGAGAUGAAUAACCUAACUCAAGAAGUGUCCCAGUUAGGCAAGGACCUACACAGUGUCAUGCAUCUCUUGGAAGGACUCUUGGCAGCACAAAACAACACACCUUUCUGGCCUGUUCAUGGUGCUCAGCUGACUUCCUCUUUGGACAACUUGAAAACAAGAAGAGAUUGGACAACACAUCAGCCUUGUUUUCACAUGCAGGAAGGAACAGCUUCUUGCACUGUAGCAAACCCAUCACAGAGCACAAACAAGCCAGCUAGGUGGUCUUUGGAUGCAGGUGACCAAUGUUGCAAUACUCAAGGAACUGGAAUAACUUCACAUAGAACAAUAGAAACUGAUCAUCAUCGCACCUUGUCUACACCAGCCCAUUCACACCAGUGCUACUCUCCCCAGGGUGAUCACCUGCCACCUGUAAGGUGUAUAUCUCCACAUUCUGAUGCCACGCUUACCCCUCUUCAGUCCAUUUCUGUUACCCUUUCAUCUUCAGCAAGUUCCUCUCCAGAAAGAUCCAACCCUUUGGUGUUUCCCUGUAAGUCGCAAGAGAGCAGCAUCUCCAACCUGGGUCUGGUCAGUUCAUCAGACCUUGGAAAUUCACCAGAAUCCUGGGAACUUGAGGAGAGGAUCGGGGUCUCAUUAUCAAAUGUGGCAACUUCCCCUGCUGAAGUUGUGACAGGAAUACACAAAUUUAAGAAUGACAGCGCCAUCGAUGUGCAAGAAUAAUGAUGAAUUGACCACGCACUGAAAAACAUGGCCUACAGCUGACAGUUAUAAUUAUAUUACUAGUGUAUCACUGCUUUAUUCUUCUGCAUUCUGCUGAUAUUGCAGAGGUAAUAACCACAGAAUAUAACUUCAGGGUAAUGCUGGAAAUUGAACUUUAUAUGAAAUAAACUGAUAAAAAUAUAACAGAUCACUUUUUACUGCCGAAACGGUGAGAGAACUGUUUUCAGGAGCAUGCUUAUAGAUCCAUAACUUUCUGAGCCUAAAGCUCACUUGCUUGCCUGGCCUGUGAACUCCUAGGGUGAUCCAAGACCCUUGCAGCCUAAGGACAGCUGGAAAUCAAGGGCAAAGGAAUACAAAAUGGCCUUUGUGGUGGAGGUAAUUCUUCCACAAAGCAAAGGGUUUUGUUUAAAACCGCUGUUCAAAUAUCCCAGAUGGAUAUGAAUUGGAUGGUUUACUCUGGGAGGUCGGCUGUCCUGCUGGUUCAUUUUUCUGCGCUGCUGAGGCACAGGGACAAUUAUCACUGCAUGCUGUCUCCUAGACAAUCAGUCAACUGCAGCUGGUAGCAGAAGGUUAGCUGCAGCACAUUGUAUCAUGUAAAUCAAUUUGAUCAAUUAUUUAUCAAAAAAUCACUAUUUUUAUACAUUUGGUAUGGAAACUGUAUUUAUGUCGACAGAUUUAUAAACGACAAACUUUUUGUGGCAAAGCUUGAAGCGAAACUCAAUACAUUACAGAAUUCCUAUUUAUGUUGUUAGCUCUGAAGUAAUUGGAGAAAAGGUUAUCCAUGCCACUGUAGUUAAAAAUAAGUAAGGUUAGACUAUUCAGAAUGGAUUGCAUGCUAUCAAAUAUGAGUGUAUCUGCAGUGAUCAAUUAUAAUAACUAAAAACUAAUUGAGAAUGAUACUUAUUUAUUAUUUAUAUUUCAAUAAAUCAUUGUAGGAAAUGUCAAAAAUCAAAACAUAUAAUCCCAGAAAUAGGUGC